UAACAACAGUCCUGAGAAGGAGAUAUUUUGCAACCGGGACUUGAAGUAACUGGUGGAGAGGCAGGAAAAAGGAAAUGAAACCAGAGACAGAGGGAAGCUGAGCGAAAAUAGACCUUCCCGAGAGAGGAGGGAGCCCGGGGAGAGAGGCGCGGUCCCCUCCCCGCCCCCAGGCCGCCGCCCCCUCCCUGCCCUCGGCGGCGAGCUGCGCGCCGCGACCCGGGUCGAAGGUGCGAGGGACUCGGGGCGGCCGGGCGGGCGCGCACGGUCCCCGCGGGCUGCGCGGAGCCGGUGACAGCGCGCGAGCCGAGCUGGACCUGGCGGCGGCGGCGGCGGCGGCGGCGGGACCGGGAUGGAAGGGAGCGCGGUGACUGUCCUUGAGCGCGGAGGGGCGAGCUCGCCGCCGGAGCGCCGGAGCAAGAGGAGGCGCAGGAGCGGCGGCGGCGGCGCCCGAGCACCCGAGGGGGUCCGAGCCCCAGCAGCCGGCCAGCCCCGCGCCACAAAGGGAGCGCCCCCGCCGCCUGGCACGCCACCUCCCUCCCCAAUGUCCUCGGCCAUCGAGAGGAAGAGCCUGGACCCGUCUGAGGAGCCAGUGGAUGAGGUGCUGCAGAUCCCCCCGUCCCUGCUGACAUGCGGCGGCUGCCAGCAGAACAUUGGGGACCGCUACUUCCUGAAGGCCAUCGACCAGUACUGGCACGAGGACUGCCUCAGCUGUGACCUCUGCGGGUGCCGGCUGGGCGAGGUGGGGCGGCGCCUCUACUACAAGCUGGGCCGGAAGCUCUGCCGGAGGGACUAUCUCAGGCUUUUUGGCCAAGAUGGUCUCUGCGCAUCCUGUGACAAGCGGAUCCGUGCCUACGAGAUGACAAUGCGGGUGAAAGACAAAGUGUAUCACCUGGAAUGUUUCAAAUGCGCCGCCUGUCAGAAGCAUUUCUGUGUGGGCGACAGAUACCUCCUCAUCAACUCCGACAUAGUGUGCGAACAGGACAUCUACGAGUGGACUAAGAUCAAUGGAAUGAUCUAGGCCAGAGGCCCCCAGUAUCUCUGGGGGAGCGUGUCUCACUGAAGUCACUGUCUCCAUGGGGUCUUCACUCUUGGGCACUCUGGGGAUUUGAGGGUAGGAUGAGGCAUUUCCUAGGGGAUGGUGGACCCUCCCUGGGCACCAAGACACAACAUCCAAGUGACAUAAUACAAGGGACAAGACUUAAAUCUGACAAAAUGAGCAAUCUUUAGGGAGAACUUAUGGACAAUGGCCACAGUCUAGCCAUAGUUACUGACACAAUUAGUGAAGGAAAGGAGUGUUGGGGGGCAGGUGGGCACGUGCCAUCAUCCUAGAACUUCACAUCUACAGAGAGGGACUUGUGUAAAGACCCGUUAAGACUUUGACCUUUGAAAACUAGAGAUGUGGCAAUUGAUUUCUUUUCUUCCUGGCUUUUAUGACAACCCUGCUCCAAUCACUGUCCUCCACACAAGGGAAGGACAGAGAGGAGAGUGGCCAUCCUUUUUCUUUGGCCACCUUCCCAAGGUCUUCAGCUUUGGACCCAAGGGAAACUGCAUGGAGACACAUUUCAGUUGAGAAUGGAAAGGGCAACUUUUAACCAAACGAUUAUUUAAAGCAAUGCUAAUGAAUCACUGUUUUUAGACACCCUGUGAGGAGUUCCACAGAUUGUUUCUAUACAAAUGUAAAUCUAAAAGCAGAAGUUGUUCAACUAUUUUAUUAUCUUAGAUUAUAUCAAAGUAUUUGUUGUGUGUAGUUAAAAAAAACUCUGCGGACAAUAAAAAUGACAGACU